CACCUUAGUUUUAAUCUGUACAAAACAAUAUGCAGGCUUGACCAAUUCAAGGGCCUAGAUGUUGGCAAAAGUUAUUUGAAUGACAAAUCAGCAGCUAGUUUCAUGUCAGCAAUUGCACAAGUGGUAAGACAAGAUAUUGUGAAAGUUUUGGAUCAGUCAAAGUAUUUCAGUUUUACAAUUGAUGGUGCUACAGACUUUAUGGGUGACGAUAUUGAAAACAUUUAUAUACGAACAUGUACACUUGGUAAUAUCAAAGACACCUUCUUACAUAUUGGACCUUCAGAAUCUGCAUGCAGUCAAGAUAUUCACAACCACGUCAAGGGAGUUUUUGAGAAGCUAGGUGUCAGCAAUGCCCUUAAAGAUAAAUUAGUUGGAUUUACUGCGGACGGAGCAUCAAAUAUGCAAGGUAAGUUAAGUAAAUCUUUUAAAUGAUAGAAUAUUUUCAUUACUUAAUUAUUCAUCCUAUUAAAUAGGAAACAAAUAGUUUUUAACAUGUUUUAAAUUUAAAAUAAAAAUUAAGGAUUUCACCUUCAAAUUCUCAUUGCAUACUGUAAAUACUUUCACAAUAGAAUGUUACCAUAAAUAUUAAGUUUGACAUUGAUUUUCCAAAGUCUAUUUUUGAAUGUUGAAACAAUACAUAUUGUUUUUCUUUUUAUCUUACAUGUUUAAAAAUGUUCACAUUUUUUCAGGGAAGAAAUCUGGAUUAGCAACACUUCUGAAAACAAAUUGCCCCCACUUGGUAGUCACACAUUGUUUGGCGCAUAGAUUAGAGCUUGCCUUCAAAGACAGCGUGAAGGUGCAAAGUAAGAAGAAUUAUGACCAGACCAUUACACUUUUACUUGGGCUUUAUUAUAUAUACAGAAAGAGUCCAAAGUCAAAAAAGUCACUUUUUCGAACAUUUAAUUCACUUGAGAUGACACCUAUCAUGCCUACAAGGAUUGGUGGGACAAGAUGGCUUCCACAUGUUGAACGAGCCAUAAAAGUUUUCAUGAAAGGGUACAAAGCAUUCUGCUUCCACUUACAAAACUCCUCACACGAGAAUGCCAAGGCAGAAGGGUUAGCGAAAUUGGCUUGUGAUGGACAUGUGCUUGUCUUUAUGCUUAAACUAAAGGAUGUGGUUGGUGUCCUACAGAAGCUUUCACUUGUGCUACAAAAAAGGAAUCUCAGUCUCGCUGAUGCUUACACACAUGUUUAUGCCACACUGGACCUCCUUAGAGCACGCAAAACAAGAUUAUGGUACAAGUGAAGUAAAGCAACUUCAUUCACAGUUUGGUGCUAUCCUGCCCCAGUCUGGUGAAGCUCAACUUGACAUUUUGUUGGAAGAAUGGUCUCUUCUUAAGCAUUUAUUGUACAGAAAAGUUGGACAUAAGCUUGUUAAUGGAAAACUUCAGUGGGAAGAUGUAUUCAGAAUGUUGAAAGACCAUGACCUUCACAUCGUUCCAAAUCUCAUAGAUCUUUUAAGGGCGUUACCGCCAACUUCUGUAAAGAAUGAGACCACCUUUAGUGCAAUGAAGCUCUUAAAAACUAAAAGGAGGGGUAGGAUGAGCACUAGGACACUAAAUGAAUUGAUGCUUGUCCACCUGGAGUCCCCUUCCAUAGAGGAUUUUAACCCUGACCAGGCAAUAAAACAGUGGAUGGUAACCCCAUCUGGUAGACCAAGACAUUUAGGGUAUGAAAGGUCAUCUACAGUCCAAGUUCAGGCUAAUGAAACUGACUGUAACAGUAACAAAGAAAAUACAGGAUCAGCCACAACAAAUAUUGAGGUGGUUAGUUGUAGUCAGCCUAAUGUGGAAAUGGAAUUAUCAAAGUGCGAUGAUUCUGAUUGUGAGUCUGCCUUCAGUGAUAAUGGUUUAGAUGAUGAUGAUGAUUUAGAGGAUGAUGAAAGCAUGGAGAUGUCUGCAGAUCAUGUCUUUUCUCUGUUACAGUCAUUAAGUUUUUGCAGAGAAUAAACAACAAAUGUAUAUGAAUUAUGUUUUCUUUAUUUAUUUUUAUAAUUAUUGUAUGAAUUUAAAAGCUACAUAUUCGGUCUAGCUAAAGAUCAUCAGGUCCGUUAAGUUUUAAGAUUUUACUGGUCCGAAUGUAAUGUGCCUGUAAAAGUUUUUCGUGAA